AUGUCCUGCCCCUUCCGGUUUAGCCGAGGCCGGACGGUGGGGUACGUCUUCACUGGGAUCUAUAUUUUUGAAGCUUUGAUAAAAAUAUUGGCAAGAGGCUUUAUUCUGGAUGAGUUUUCUUUCCUUCGAGAUCCAUGGAACUGGCUGGACUCCGUUGUCAUUGCAACAGCGUUUGCAUCGUAUUUCCCAAACACCAACAUCAGCCUGUCGUCCUUGCAGAUCUUUCGGGUGUUCAGAGCCUUGAAAGCAAUCUCAGUGGUUUCAGGGUUAAAGGUCAUCGUGGGGGCCUUGCUUCGCUCUGUGAAGAAGCUUGUUGAUGUGAUGAUCCUGACCCUCUUUUUCCUGAGCAUCUUUGCUUUGGUUGGUCAGCAGCUCUUCAUGAGAAGUCUAAACCAGAAAUGUGUCAGGAUGGACUGUCUGAAUAGAACUAUUAUCGAAGACAAAGACAAUUGUUUUGAAAAAAAAGGUAACUCUACUGAAGACAAAGUGUGUAACAUCUGGGAGGGUAACAGUUCCUGUUCUGAACAAUUUAAAUGCAACCACACCAAAUAUAAUCCUGACUAUAAUUAUACGAAUUUCGACAGCUUUGGCUGGUCUCUUCUUGCCAUGUUCCGGCUUAUGACCCAAGAUUCCUGGGAGAGUCUGUAUCGACAGAUCCUGCACGCCACUGGGCUCUUCUCAGUCUUCUUCUUCGUGCUGGUCAUCUUCCUGGGCUCUUUCUACCUCAUUAACUUAACCCUGGCUGUCGUCACCAUGGCUUAUGAAGAGCAGAACAGGAACGUAGCUGCUGAGACGGAGGCCAAGGAAAAGAUGUUCCAGGAAGCCCAGCAGCUGUUAAAGGAGGAGAAGGAGGCUCUGAUUGCCAUGGGAAUUGACAGAAGUUCACUUAAUUCCCUUGAAGCAUCAUCUUUUUCCCCAAAGAAGAGACAGCUAUUUGGUAGUAGAAGAAGGAAGUCUUUCUUUUUGAGACAGUCUGGAAAAGACCAGGCUCCAGGAUCAGAUUCUGAUGAAGAUUCCAAGAAAACGCCACACCUCCUAGAGCAAACCAAACGGCUCUCCCAGAAUCUGUCAGUGGACCACUUCGAUGAGAGCAAAGACCCCUCCCAAAGGCAGAGGGCCCUGAGUGCUGUGAGCAUCCUCACCAUCACCAUUCAGGAACAGGAAAAAUCACAGGAGCCUUGCCUCCCAUGUGGGGAAAACCUGGCAUCCAAAUACCUCGUGUGGGACUGUAGCCCCCAGUGGCUACGCAUUAAGAAGGCGCUGAGAACCGUGGUGACCGACCCCUUUACUGAGCUAGCCAUCACCAUCUGCAUCAUAGUCAACACUAUCUUCUUGGCCAUGGAGCAUCACAAAAUGGACAACAACUUUAAGCAAAUGUUGGCUGCAGGGAAUCUGGUUUUCAGUGGCAUUUUUAUAGCAGAAAUGUGCCUGAAAAUCGUUGCCCUGGAUCCCUACCACUACUUCCGCCGAGGCUGGAACGUUUUUGACUGCGUGGUUGCCCUUCUGAGUCUUGCAGAUGUGCUGACCUUUGAGAAGUCACUGCCGGUCUUACGUUCCUUCAGAGUGCUGAGGGUCUUCAAAUUAGCCAAAUCCUGGCCAACUUUAAACACACUGAUCAAGAUAAUUGGGCACUCCGUCGGGGCCCUCGGAAACCUCACCGUCGUCCUGGCCAUUGUUGUCUUCAUUUUCUCCGUAGUCGGCAUGCAGCUUUUUGGCACCCAGUUCAAUGCCACGAGGGCCUGUGAACUCCAUCAGAAAACCGUGAAGUCUACCAGCCUAGAAGUUCAGAGUGUGGAAAUUGAUGUGUUCUCUGAAGGUGAUGAGCGUGCGACAGCAUACAAUCCCCGAAAGACGUCUGACGCUACCAGCCUGCUAUCGGAAUGUAGCACCAUCGAUCCGAUGUAUCCCUUUAGGCAGCUACCUGAAAUGGUUCCCCAAAAGCAACCAGAGAGAUGUUUGCCCAAAGGUCUGAGUCCCUGCUUGCCACACUGUCGCGUGGACAAGAGAAGGUCCUUCUGGAUCAUGUGGUGGAACCUGCGGAAGACCUGCUACCAAAUAGUGAAACACAGCUGGUUUGAGAGCUUUGUUAUCUUUGUGAUUCUGCUGAGCAGUGGGGCGCUGGUAUUUGAAGAUAUACAUCUUGAGGAACAGCCCAACAUUAAAAAAUUACUUAAUUGUACUGACAGUAUUUUCACGUACAUUUUUAUCCUGGAGAUGGGUCUGAAAUGGGUGGCCUUUGGAUUUAGCAAGUAUUUCACCAGUGCCUGGUGCUGGCUGGAUUUCAUCAUUGUGAUCGUCUCUGUGACCAGUCUCAUCAACUCCAAGCCCUUAAAGUCCUUCCGGACUCUGCGAGCACUCAGGCCCCUUCGUGCGCUGUCUCAGUUUGAAGGAAUGAAGGUGGUGGUCAAUGCUCUCAUAGGUGCCAUCCCUGCCAUUCUGAAUGUCUUGCUUGUCUGCCUCAUUUUCUGGCUCAUAUUUUGUAUCCUGGGAGUAAGCAUCUUCUCUGGAAAAUUUGAAAGAUGUGUUAAUAAAACAGAUAUGAACUCAGUUAUAGAUCAUGAAAUCAUUGCAAACAAAAGCCAGUGUGAGAGUGAAAAUCUCUGCUGGGUCAACCUGGAUGUGAACUUUGACAAUGUGGGAAUGGCUUACCUCGCUCUGCUGCAAGUGGCGACGUUUAAGGGCUGGACAGAUAUUAUGUAUGCAGCUGUCGAUUUUAGAGGGGAGAACCAACAGCCAAAGUUUGAGGAGAAUCAGUACAUGUACCUAUACUUCGUAUUUUUUAUCAUCUUUGGCUCAUUCUUCAGUCUGAAUCUUUUUAUUGGUGUUAUUAUUGACAACUUCAACGAACAGCAGAAAAAGAUAAGUGGCCAAGACAUUUUUAUGACAGAAGAACAGAAGAAGUACUACCAUGCAAUGAAAAAAUUAGGAUCCAAAAAACCUCAAAAACCCAUUCCAAGGCCUCUGAACAAAUGCCAAGGUCUCGUGUUCGACCUAGUCACCAGCCAGGUCUUUGACAUCCUCAUCAUAAGUCUCAUUGUCCUAAACAUGAUUAGCAUGAUGGCUGAAUCAGUCGACCAAUCUGAAGACAUGACAAACAUCCUUGAGAAUCUCAACCUGACCUUUGUGGUUAUCUUUACAAUAGAGUGUCUCAUCAAAAUCUUUGCUUUGAGGCAGUACUACUUCACCAAUGGCUGGAAUUUAUUUGAUUGUGUGGUCGUGGUUCUUUCUAUUGUUAGUACAAUGAUUUCUGCCUUGGAAAACCAUCAGCGCAUUCCUUUUCCUCCCACGCUCUUCAGGAUUGUCCGCUUGGCUAGGAUAGGCCGAAUCCUGAGACUCGUUCGAGCAGCACGAGGAAUUAGAACUCUUCUUUUUGCUCUGAUGAUGUCCCUUCCUUCUCUGUUCAACAUUGGUCUUCUGCUCUUUCUGGUUAUGUUUAUUUAUGCUAUUUUUGGUAUGAACUGCUUUUCCAAAGUGAAGCAAGAGUCUGGAAUUGAUGAUAUAUUCAACUUCCAAACCUUUGUUGGCAGCAUGCUCUGUCUCUUCCAGAUAACCACAUCAGCAGGCUGGAACACCCUCCUCAGCCCCAUGCUGAAAACCAAUGACCCCUGUGACCCCUCCUUGGAGAACUGUUACCUCCCUGCCAUAGCCAUAACCUACUUUGUCAGUUACAUCAUCAUCUCUUUUCUCAUUGUUGUCAACAUGUACAUUGCUGUGAUUUUAGAGAACUUCAAUACAGCCACUGAAGAAAGUGAGGACCCUUUGAGUGAAGAUGACUUUGAAAUAUUCUAUGAAGUCUGGGAAAAGUUUGAUCCAGAAGCAACACAGUUUAUCAGAUAUUCUGCCCUUUCUGACUUUGCUGAUGCCCUGCCUGAGCCCUUACGUGUGGCAAAGCCAAAUAAAUUUCAAUUUCUAGUGAUGGACUUGCCAAUGGUGAGUGGGGAUCGUCUCCACUGUAUGGAUAUUCUCUUCGCUUUCACCACUAGGGUGCUUGGGGACUCUGAAGGCCUGGACAGCAUGAAAACAAUGAUGGAGGAGAAGUUCAUGGAAGCCAACCCUUUCAAGAAGUUGUAUGAACCCAUAGUCACCACCACCAAGAGGAAGGAAGAGGAAAGAUGUGCUGCUGUUAUUCAAAAGGCAUUUCGAAGGUACCUGACGAUGACCAAGUGUGCCUUGGGAGACAGGCCUCAUUCACCACUCCAGACGCUCUGUAAUGGAGACUUGUCCAGCUCUGGGGUGACUGAGGGCAAGGUCCACUAUGACUGA